AGACACCCACUGCGGAUUGGCCUGACCUGAGAUUAACCAGAGGAUAUUGGAUAGCAUAAAGAUGAACUCUGAAGAUUGUUCCCUAACAGAGAACAGCUCCUUGGAAAGAGGACGACAAAAUAAUGCUUCCAGCCUUCACUUUGCAACCCAUCAUGAAGGGUCCCUUCAAGUUCCUAUCCCAUGUGCUGUACUGAAUGUGGUCAUCAUCACCGUUUUGAUCAUAGCUCUCAUAGCUUUGUCAGUGGGCCAGUACAAUUGUCCAGCGCAGUAUAUGUCUUCAGAACCAUCAAACAGCCAUGCUUUUUCAUGCUCAGAUGAUUGGAUUGGAUAUCAGAGGAAAUGCUACUUUAUUUCCAAUAUAACAAGGAAUUGGACUUUGGCCCAAAACUCUUGCUUCAAACAUGGUGCUACUCUUGCUCUCAUUGAUUCUGAAAAAGACAUGAUCUUUUUAAAAAGAUAUGUGGGUAGAGCUGAACACUGGAUUGGGCUGAAAAAUGAUGCUGGUCACACAUGGAAAUGGUCAAAUGGCAAGGAAUUUAACAACUGGUUCAACCUCACAGGGUCAGAGAAUUGUGCAUUUCUGAGUAGCACAGAGGUCAGCAGCACAGAGUGCGGAAGGCAUUUACAUUGGAUAUGUAGCAAGCCCUUCAAACAAUGAGGAGCCAUGUUUGCUUAUAGACUAUCACAUCAUGGAACUCAAGGCAAUUCAUGUCGAUGGAUGCUGCUCUAUGGACAGAUGUUUGCCAUAAGGACUUUUGUGGGGAAAAACUUGCUAUGAUUUUGGAAACUUUCUUCCAAACAAGACUGUGGAAGAAAGGCAGGGAAAUUGCAGGCCUAUCUGCAUUGCAGAGCACCCUUGUUGUGACCUGAAAACAUCACCGGUUGAUGGAUAUUUAUGUCCAAGAUGGAGAAGAAUGACUUUAAACCUUUUGAAUGCACUUUAUACUUUUUCAAAAUCAAAAAUAAUAUAAUAGCUAGGUUUAGAGUUAUUAUUUAUUGCCGAAUGACUAGCAACGAUGAGUGUCCUUCACGCAUUUGCACUAUUAGAAGGAAUUAGAUGGCAGUAUUAAAAACUGAAUGUAAACAAAAGAAAUUUUAACUGGCAACGCA